GCCCUCCGUCAUUCGGGCAUUUCCCAGUUUAUACCAGAACCCCCAUCUCUCUCUCUCUCUCUCUCUUUCUUAUCUUGUUUUCGCUGUCUCCUUAUUCAGGUAUUCCCGCGACCAAACCCUAAGCUCCCUUCCCUUCUUCUAUAUCUUCUCUAUUUCCUUUCCCCAUCAGCCUUCUCCCCAGAUCCACCUUUCUCUGAUUUAUGUCUUCCCGACGUUCCCUCGCUUAAAGCAGCUCUCUUUCUUGGAAGUUGUCUUUCCUUCUAAUCAACUCUCAAAACUCGGAAUUCUUUUCGCGGUGGCUAAGAUCUGUAGCAUGGUGGCAUCUUUUGUUUGCUAACAAUGAACUUUGGAUUCCUUAGCUUUCCAUGGUUUGGAGUUGAUCCCAAAAGGGAUUCGGAUUUGACUUUUGCUUCCACAAGUGCUUCCAUAGAGCCUAAACAGAAAGCUAGUUUUGAGAUCAGGCUGUGGGGAUGGACUCUAGUUUCAGUACCUCCUAAGGCAGUGAAUGGUAAUGAUAGAAUUCGCACUCCAACUACUAUAAACAAAGGAUUAAAAAGGCGUGCACAAGAAAAUUCAGUUUUUGAGCCUCCCACACCUAUCCGGUUUAGGCCAUAUGUUUGCAAGGUUCCAUGGCAUACAGGUGCUAGAGCAUUCCUUUCGCAGUUAUUUCCACGUUAUGGGCAUUAUUGUGGUCCUAAUUGGUCAAGUGGGAAAGAUGGUGGAUCCCUUAUUUGGGAUAGGAGGCCAAUUGAUUGGUUAGAUUUUUGCUGCUAUUGUCAUGAUAUUGGUUAUGACACUCAUGAUCAAGAAAAGCUUCUGAAAGCUGAUUUAGCAUUUCUAGAAUGCUUGGAGAGACCUCAUAUGAGCACAAAAGGUGAUCCGUAUAUCGCUCAACUUUACAAGACAAUGUGCACCACAGGUCUCAAAAAUAUACUAAUCCCAUACAGAAGGCACCUUGUUAAGCUACAAUACGGGCAACCUCUAAUUGAUUUUAGAUGGAUAAAUAAUAUGAAAAGGAGAAGUUGGAAUUUUCAGAAAACUUGAAAGCAGAUCAUGCAACCUUGGUGAGCAAGUUAUUCAGAUGGCCCUAUGUAGAAUGACAGUAGCUGGAUUUUUUAACAAUGUUUGUCCUAUCCUAUGGUCAAUUGAUGUUGACUUUCGAGUGUCAGCAGCUUGGAGCAACUUAUUAUCAUGGUCUUUGUUGGAAACAUGCAACCCUGAUCUUAUUUGAAUUUCAAACAAAUGUUGUAUGAUGUAAAUAAUUAUCGCUGCAUGUGUAUGCUAUUUCAAACUGUGAAUAUUAUGCAAUUGUCUUUGAUAAUAGCAUAUGCCAUCAAUCCGCACAUGUUUAUUGGCUGUAAAUAUAUAGUUUGGGUAUGGCUAUUAAAUUUUCUCA